AUGUCACAAGCUAACUACUACGUCAAAACAGUGUUUGAAGAACCCCUCGAACCUAUAGAAAUAGAUGGUAUAACUCAUUGGAUCUCUGAACCUGCACAACAAUCGUUCCAACGACAACAAACCGCUCCUACUUUUUUAGGAACCACAACAACUGAACGUCAAUAUUGGCUAUCAAAUAAUCCUAGUAAAAUAUAUCAACCGGGAUGGGAAGCUACAUAUAGUUCUCAAGUUCAAACAAGUGAUUAUGAUAAUCAGGAAACCGGUUCAUAUAAUGAACGGGAACAAUCGACGUUUGAGGGUCGAAAAGAUUUGACAAAGACAACCACCCAGACUAUUACAAAGAAGAGUAAGAGACGUGUAAAGAGAGGUACUAAAGAUGAUAGGAGGAGUAAGAAAGAAGAAACUGUUGUGGAGGUUACGGAGAUGAAUGAGGAAGACUAA